CCUCAGUUUCCAAACACUCCCAAAGCAACUCAUAUCCCAAACCCAUUACCAUACACCUAGGGUUUCUCUCUCUCUCUCUCUCUCUGCUCUGCUCUGCUCUGCUGCAAAAAGCUAGGGUUUGGAAAUCCAUUACUGUUGCAGAGAGCUUCAACAAUGACGACAGUGGUCCCCACCUCCGAAGAAGAUCCCGCCCUCGCCGUCGUCCGAUUCACUUCCGAGCUCGCCUGGGCCGACGCCGGCCCUGAGGUUGCCGAGCGGCAAGUUUCUACGCUGUGUAUGGAAGCUCAAGAAUGCAUCGUAAUGAACAAGUGGCUUGAGUUGGCGUCACUUAUGCUCACGUCUGCUGACUUGAUAUUCUCAAAGGUUUCCGACAAAGAUCUUGAGUGCAUCUUUACUGUUAUCUGCAAUCUUGUUACGAAGUCUGAAAGUCCAGAUGAAGAGCUUGAGAUGGCAAAGCUUAUAUCAGCAAAAAUUACUCAUCAACCAAAUGAUAAACCUGCAUUGCGCUUAAAGAUUGUGUUCAACCUGUACAAUCUACUGGGGAAUCCAUACAGCCGGUUCCAUGUUUACAUGAAGGCCCUAAAUUUGGCACUCAAUGGGAAAGCCACUGAACAUAUCGUACCUUCAUUCAGAAAGAUUGAUAGCUUCCUCAAAGAGUGGGGUAUUGGGAUCUCGGAUCAGCGGGACCUUUUUCUGACCAUAUCUAAUGUUUUGAAAGAAAAUAAAAGCUCUGGAAAGGAGUCCUUCAAAUUCCUGACCAAAUACUUAGCAACUUUUUCUGGUGAAGAUGCACAUAUAAUGAGUGAAGCCAAGGAGGAAGCUGUGCGCACAAUUGUGGAAUUUGUGAAGGCACCUGACAUGUUUCAGUGUGAUUUGCUAGAUAUGCCUGCUGUGGGGCAGUUGGAGAAGGAUGCUAAAUAUGCAUCGGUGUAUCAGCUUCUGAAGAUCUUUCUGACUCAGAGACUUGAUGCCUAUUUGGAGUUUCAGGCUGCAAAUUCUACUUCACUUAAAAGCUAUGGUCUUGUCCACGAAGACUGUAUCACGAAGAUGCGAUUAAUGUCAUUGGUGGAUCUUGCUUCAGAUGAAUCUGGGCAGAUUCCAUAUGCUCUCAUCAGAGAUACACUGAGGAUCAAUGAUGAUGAGGUGGAAUUAUGGGUGGUUAAGGCGAUAAGUGCCAAGUUAAUUGACUGUAAAAUGGACCAGAUGAAUCAAGUUGUUAUUGUGAGCCGUUGUACUGAGCGUGUUUUUGGGCAGAAUCAGUGGCAAACACUUAAAUCAAAGCUUUCAACAUGGAGGGGUAAUAUUGCAAGCGUCAUCAGCACCAUUCAAGCCAACAGGAUCACUGAAGAUGGGUCACAGGCAAUGCAAGGCUUGAUGAUCCGUUGAAGCGUUCUUUUUAUUUUUAUUUUUUUAAAAUUAACAUUUAGUAUGAGAGACCUUUGUCAAGAGAUAGCUGAAGCUGUGAUGUGAUGUGAUGCUCAGUUACAGACUUGUGAUUCUCAUUUAAUUUUGGAACUUAAAAAUCCAUGUGUUGGAAAUUUUGAUGGAAUGUCAGUAUGAGCAGUUAAUUUAUUUGGAUC